UGACAUAACACAAAUGUGAACACUGGCAGCCUGUUGACCAGUCAGCAUUUCAUCAGCUGCUUCAGCCUGCACCAGACCUCCACCUGACAGCUGUUAAGACACCUGAGCUUCUACAAUCAUCGCUCCUGUCCUGAAGCAAUGUCUGCCGUCUACCUCCUCCUGCUGCUGCUCCCUCUGGUGUCAGCGCAGACCUAUCACUGGGGUCGCUGUCCUACGCCCAAGGUGCAGCCCAACUUCAACCUUCAACAGUAUCUGGGCAGGUGGUAUGAGAUUGAGAAGCUCCCUGCUUCCUUUGAGAAGGGAACGUGCAUCGAGGCCAACUACAGCAUAAGAAAAGAUGGCACCAUUCGGGUGCUGAACUCUCAGUUCUAUAAAGGCAAGGUGACGGUAGCAGAAGGGACAGCGGUGAUUCCCGAUCUGAGAAAACCUGCCCAACUUGGAGUCAGUUUCUCGUAUUUUUCUCCCUACGCCCCCUACUGGAUUCUGUCCACCGACUACACCAGCACAUCCAUUGUGUACUCUUGCACCAGCAUCCUCAACAUUUUCCACAUCGACUACGCCUGGAUCCUCGGCCGAUCGCGCUUCCUGCCUCCGGCGACAGUGACUUACGCCAAAAAUCUGCUGACGAACGAAGGGAUCGACCUGUUCCGGAUGAAGGCCACCAAUCAGACUGGCUGCACGGAUAACUAGGGAUUCAUGCAGACUGUAGCCAGUCACAGCACUCUGAUUAAGCAGGGCUGAAUAUUUAAUCAACAGAACCUUGUAUUGCAUAAUGAUAAUAUUAAUGACUGCAGUAUUCACAUCGCAGUAUGAUAUGCUUUGAUGUCCAUUAUUUUUCCUGCAUCAUCCAGACCUCAUGUGGUCACUAUAACCAUGACAAUAGCUAGUUUAAUCUGCUGUGUUAAUAAAAUUGUCAAGUUAUUCAUUGUUCACUGUGAAUCUAUUGUAUUGUGAUAAUCUAGUAGAACAAGAAAACAAGCAUUUGUGUGGUGAUGGAAAAAAAAACAUGUUGUUGAUCUCUAUGUACAUUAAAGCUGUAUCCAUUAAGCAGA